CCACCGGGCCCCACAGAACCAGCACCGCAAUGUCGGAGCUGCUGAAGCCGAACGCUUGGACCGCAGAGUUCUGGAUGGGCCCCCAGAAGUUCCACACCAUUCCCUGCAUAAAGCCCAGCAGCGAGAAGAGGCUCAGAACCAGCCAUCUUCUCCCGUACACCCGGCUGUGAACCGGACUGUCGGGCUCCGCGCGAGAGGGCACGAGAAGCGGCUCUCGUUCGGCCUCGGUGCUCGAACCCCCGGAGCCCAUUUUAACGGUUAAAAUCCGGGGGUGUUAACGGUGUUAGCGGUUUUAACGGCCCGUGUUAAACGCACGUUUUUACCGGGCUUUCAGUCGAUCACACUAAAUAACAAACAGACCGAUACUAGCUUCUGUUAUUGUCGCUUAAAUGUACUUAUGCGCAUGCCCGAACGGAAAUAGUUUAUAGGGAAGAGGGAGGAAACUGUAGUCGCUCUCGCUGCCAUUUUGGCUCGUCUGGUGCAUUAGCUUGAGUUGGGCCGUUGUGGCAUCCACAGAGCCGUAAUGGAGUCGAUUUCACACAAGUGAGGCGUUGGGUGAAGUAAGACGGAAGCGGGUCAUGUGAUGUUUGUUUACUUCCUGCCCGAACCUCAGCUGCGCGUGGAGUAAAAGUGUUUUCUGCAGGUCAUGGCGGACCCCGCCUCCACCAAACCCUUUGGCCCAAAGGAGACCCAGAGGAUCCUCCGUCAUCUGCAGACGCCCACAGUUUUCACCAACAUGGCCGCCGGCUGGCCGGCUCUCCUCUGGACCGCUGAGCGUCUGUCUCACUGUCUGAGAGACAAAGUCCUCCGAUUCAGACUGGGAAGAAAAGAGGAGAAGAACACCCCUCUGUUUGAAACCCAGUGUUCCUACGUGGAGGCCCGACUGGAGGACUUUCUCAGCUGGACCCGGGACCAGACCGGACCUCUUCAUGUGGGGCCUUUCUGUGAAUACCCAAACUCAGACUACUGGGCCUACGCCGACUACAAGUACAUCGCAAUGCUGUUUGAAGACCGGCCCUCCAUGUUUGAGGAGGUGAAGUGGUCUGACUUUGGUUUUGAGGGCCGUGACGGGAGAGCGAGCACAUUAUGGGUCGGAACAGGAGGAGCCAACACGCCGUGUCACCUGGACUCAUACGGCUUUAACCUGGUGCUGCAGGUACAAGGACGGUAAGCAGGAGCGUGUGUUUGAGGCUUCAUAUGCACUAAAGUGUUAAUAAUAACAAUCACUUCAGUUAUAGCACCUUUAAAAACAGUUUACAAAGUGCUUUGACACACAAAGCAAGAAAAACAAGACAAUAACAACAAUAACAGAAAGAUCGGUGAGACAGUCGAUAACAAACUGAUAAACUGACGUUCACAUCAACGUGGCAGGAUGGUCAAAGCGGCUAGCUCGCUAGCUAACCAACUAGCUGACAGCUCGCUAGCUAGCUAGCUUUCUAAUUCCACCAUUUUCCUGUAGCCACUGUAGCAUUAAAGAAUGGUGGAAUUGGCUAGCUAGCUGGCUAAUUAGCUAGUUUUUUUAA